UCUAUAAAAUUGUAUAUAAAGUCAGUGUUUAAACACAUUUCCACUUCCUUUUGAUUGCUAAACGUGUCGACAGAAGAAGGCAAUGUCUCACCGAAAGUUUUCAGCGCCAAGACAUGGCUCGAUGGCCUUUACGCCGAAAAAGCGUAGCAAAAGACAUAGGGGUAAAGUGAAAGCCUUCCCGAAAGAUGACCCGAAAAAGCCGGUCCAUUUGACCUCUUUUAUCGCCUAUAAGGCCGGUAUGACCCAUAUUGUACGCGAAGUGGAUAAGCCUGGAUCAAAGGUUAAUAAAAAGGAAGUGGUCGAAGCGGUGACCAUUUUGGAGACACCGCCAAUGAUUAUGGUCGGUGUUGUCGGCUAUAUUGAAACACCGAAAGGUUUGAGAACUUUUAAGAGUGUUUGGGCCGAACAUCUUAGCGAAGACUGUCGCCGUCGCUUCUAUAAGAACUGGUAUAAAUCAAAGAAGAAGGCCUUCAGCAAGAAUGCUAAGAAAUGGACGGAUCCGUUGGGUCGUAAAGAAAUUGAAAAAGAUUUGGCACGUAUGAAGAAGUACUGCACUGUUAUCCGUGUCAUCGCUCACACACAGAUGAAACUGAUGCGUAAGCGCCAGAAGAAGGCUCACGUUAUGGAAAUCCAGUUGAACGGCGGAACUAUUGCCGAAAAGAUCGAUUGGGCCCGAAAGCACUUUGAAAAGCCGGUGUCCAUCGAGGAAGUGUUUGCCAACGAUGAGAUGAUCGAUGUUAUCGGUGUAACCAAAGGCAAAGGUUAUAAGGGUGUGACCAGUCGUUGGCACACAAAGAAGUUGCCGCGAAAGACCCACAAAGGUUUACGUAAAGUUGCCUGUAUCGGUGCCUGGCAUCCCAGUCGGGUCCAGUUUACUGUGGCCCGAGCCGGUCAAAAGGGUUACCAUCAUCGAACCGAAAUCAAUAAGAAGAUCUAUCGUAUCGGUAAAGGUGGUAAAGAUGCCAAGAAUAACGCAUCUACUGAUCAGGACAUCACCGAGAAGACUAUCACUCCAAUGGGAGGUUUCCCCCAUUACGGUGUUGUCGGCCAAGACUAUCUGAUGCUUAAGGGAUGUACCGCUGGCCCGAAAAAGCGUGUCCUAACGCUACGUAAAUCACUGUUGGUCCAGACUAAACGUGCGGCUCUCGAAAAGAUUAACUUGAAGUUUAUCGAUACGUCAUCGAAGAUGGGUCACGGAAAGUUCCAGACACCACAAGAAAAGAAGGCUUUUAUGGGUCCGGUGAAGAAGGAUCGCAUCAAAGAAGAGCAAAAAGCGGCUUAAAUGACAUUCAUUUUGUUUUGAAUAUAAUUAUAAUGAAUAAAAUGAUUUUUGA